AUGCGAGGACGCAUUGCUCUCUGCCUAUCCCUCGCGGGACAAGCUCUCGCCGCCCCUGCCCAUGUUCGACGGGCUGAGUGCACCGAAUUAUCGACGACAACACCGAACUGGAAACUAUCGAACGCCGCUUCUUCGGACUGGCCCGGCGGUCAGAGUGGCCGAGUCGAGCUCUUCGCUCGCCACGUUCCCACGAACACUCUAGCCGACUGCGACGUGGAAUACCGCCUCAACGCGGACGGGGAGGUCAUCGACUACGAUCCGACCUCCACCCACGAAUGCCUCAACUUCGGCCCAAGCCCCCUAAACACCACCGUCCAGCUCAACAUGGAGACUCUCGUCUUGAGCAUCCAGAGCAGCUGGACUUGUGAAGGGGACGAGAAGACGUAUUCGGCGUCCGGCGAGGUCACUUUGAAUAGAGACGCGUCUCCCGGGGCGUGCCUGGUCGAGCCGUCGCAAGUGGGCGAGUCUACGACGUGUCCUAUAGCCGAUGUAGAGGUCGAGGGAAAACUCGCUGAAGCGUGA